CCAACCUGCCCCCGCCUACGCGGGAAGUCUUCAAGGAGGGAUCGCCAGGGUAUAGUAAUAUUUUCAAAGCAGAUGGUGCAGAACAUGUUCAAGUUUGUAUGUUUCUGUUUGUUUCGAUUUCGUGCGGUGCGUUUUGAAAUGGAAGUCUGAAGACCGUGAAGCCGUUUCGGGCCAACUAUCUAGAGCUACUUCAAUUGUAAUUGCAUGAUGCGAACCGUUAUUGUUUGCUUUUUCAGGGUACUGGAAGAAAAGGAGGGUGAGAAUUCCCCACGAAAGCGCCUAACUGGAAACGUGAAAGCGCGAAUUUCCAUGUUUGAGCGGCCGGGAAAUUUGGAUGAAACCACGACGUCCCUGAACAACCGGAAUAGCGGCAAUUACCGUCAGUAGCGACCCUCGGUUUUUUUCUUUGUUUUUUUCACACACUUUCUUCAACCAGAGUAAAUAUCGCACUUACAUUACAUUCGAAUUUGCGCGACGGUAAAGCGCACAUCGAAAAAAAUUUUCAGAAUUGUUCGAUCUAUUUUAUCACUUACGCAAAUGCACGUCACUGCUACAAUCCGCGCACGCAGCUCAAGCUUUUUUAGGAGCGAAGCCUUUAGGGUGGCGAGUCGGCAGAUAAAAGAUAUUGAUAUUCCAGAUGAUGAGAAUAUUGAUAUUUACAGUAAGUUACAACACUCGCUCUGGCUGUGUCUGCGGUUUGCCAACCACUUUGGUGGAGCGUUACUUUUAUUGCCGCUCCUGGUCUAUGCCUUCAGUUUUCCCAAGUUUCGAAAAAUAUCGAGACCGAGAAGACUGCACCUCCACUUUUUUUCUUAAUUUUGCUUCGCUUUUUAUUGACUUUCACAACAUCUACUUCUGUUGUUGUUCGCACUUCUUUUUUAGCUUCUUUUGGUCAUUAUGUACUUUUUUUGUGUCGAAAUUAUUGGCAAGAAUGGACGUGUAAACAUCGCAGACUUCUACCACAAUAGCCAUUUGCUCUUCGUUCUUUGUUUCCUGAGCCUGACCCAGACCAAGCGGGAUUUUCUGAAGAGAAUUGAUAACGUCAAAUUCCUGACGUCGCCGGAUGUUACUAAGUUGGGUGCCCAUCCGUUUUUUUUGUGGUAUUAUCCGCAGCCGAAUACGAUGAAUUCAAAGAGAUUCUGUAUUCCACUUCCUACGCAAGCACAAGCCACCAAUUAGCGCUAGUAUCUUCCGCGUUACAAAGAG